AUGUCCACCUCGCAAACGGAGCUCCAAUACCUCACUCCGCAUGCCGGGAUCGGGGUCCCGAUCUCGGCACCAUCAAAAGCGGCAACCACAACGACCACCCGGGACCAGUACGCCGCAGCGGCAUUCGGUAUCGGGACAAGCAGCGGCGACGAGAAUGGCGAUCCCGCAACCGACCGCGUCCACGACUCCCACAGCGCGAGCCAGGAGUUCUCUUCCCUCCCACCCGUCGACGGCGGCAAGCAGGCCUGGCUCUUCCUGGCCGCCUGCUUCGCCGUCGAGAUGCUCGUCUGGGGCUUCCCCUUCGCCUUUGGCGUCUUUCAAAACUACUACUCCACGAACCCGCCGUUCGCCGGGCAGCCCAACAUCGCCGUCAUCGGUACCUGCGCCAUGGGAAUCAUGUACCUAGGCGGCCCCAUCCAAAUCGCCCUCCUAAGACUCUACCCCCGCCAAUCCCGCUACGCACCCAUCCUCGGCCUCCUGAUAAUGUGCUUCGCGCUCGCAAUGUCCUCCUUCUCCACAACGGUAACCCACCUCAUCGUCACCCAGGGCGUCUUCUACGCCGUCGGCGGCAGCAUCACCUACAUGCCCUGCAUCCUCUACAUCGACCAGUGGUUCGUCCGCCGCAAGGGCUUCGCCUACGGCAUCAUGUGGUCCGGCACAGGCCUCGCCGGCGUCGUCCUCCCCUUGCUGAUGGAGUACCUCCUCGGUAGCGUGGGCUUCCGCACCACCCUCCGCCUGUGGUCCGGCCUGCUCUUCGCCCUCACCGCGCCCCUGGCCUUCUUCAUCAAGCCCCGCCUGCCCGUCGCAUCACACACCACCGCUCCGGCGGCGGCGGCGGCAGCCGCGGGGGCGGACGCCACGCACGCCCGGCCGUUCAGCAACAUGCGCUUUCUCCUCAGCCGCCCUUUCCUCCUCCACCAGGCCGCCAACACCAUUGAGGCCCUCGGCUUCUUCCUCCCGGGCAUCUACCUCCCCUCCUUCGCCCAAUCGACCCUCGGCGCGUCAGCCUACACCUCGGCCCUCACCAUCCUCCUCAUCAACGUCGCCUCCGUCGUCGGCUGCGUGGCAAUGGGCACCCUCGUAGACCGCUGGUCCGCGCCGUCAUGCCUCCUCCUCGCCAGCGGCGGCGCAGCCCUCGGCACCUUUCUCCUCUGGGGCCUCUCUCUGAAUUUGGGCGUGCUCUACCUCUUCUGCGUCGUCUACGGCCUCUUUGCUGGCGCGUACACGUCCGCCUGGCCCGGGAUAAUGAAGACCGUGACGGAACACGAGCGGUCUCGGGGCCGCGGCGUCGAUCCCAUCAUGGUGUUUGGCAUGCUGGCUGCGGGAAGGGGUGUCGGCAACGUCAUUUCGGGCCCGUUGAGCGAGACGCUUGUCAAGGGUGCGCCGUGGCGGGGCGACGCCGGUUUCGGGUACGGGAGCGGGUAUGGGACGUUGAUUGUGUUCACGGGGGUCACUGCUCUCGUAGGGGGUGCUACGUUUGGGUGGAAGAGGUUCGGGUGGAUGUGA